AUUUAGUAUAUUGACGGUUUGAACAGGUGAAUUAAAUGCAUUAUAAACGAAGCAAACAGCCUUAUAUCUUAUAAAAGUAGGAGAGGAAGGCAUAAAGAUAAGAAACUGAAAGGAAGAGAGUCUUUCUUUUUUAAAACGAAAAUAUAAACAAAAUAUCUAUAUAUAGCAUAUGAUUUGGAAUAAAUAGAAACUGGAAAACGAUUAGUUUACUAGAUUUUUUUAGUUUAUGCUUAUCAAUUGCUGUUGAAUAUCCGUAAUAAACUGAUAAGCUCGAUUCCAUUAUCAACUCAAAAACUGCAAUACAGUCUAAGAAUAAAUGUUGUAUAAGAUUGAGAAAAAGGUUAAUAUUUCAGUGCCAUCUGGCAGCAAUCUACGUAGAAAACAUCAUUAAAACUCAUCAAACAUUGAACACUAGCAGCUGGUACCCGAGCAGCUUGUCGAUAAAUUGAACAGUUUUUCUACUUGUUCGCUAAAUAAUUCCCUUUACUUUUAACUGGUUGUACCAACAGAAUUAUGAUAAAAAUUCGACUUAGAGAAUUGGGACAACCCCCUUCAUCCGGAUUGUCUGAAUCCUCAACAUCCAGUAUGGAGAUUACAUCAAAAGAGAAUGUACUUCGCGAUGAUGAUAAAUUGUGGAAAAAUUUAAAUCCAUUUGACUGUGAUACGAUAAAACAAGGUAGAAAUUAUCAAAUGGCAAAUUUGGCUGUUGCCGAAUCAGUCUCGAGUCUUUCAUCCGAAGAGAAUUUACGAUUAGAGAAAAGUUUAAGAGUUAGUUUACUAAAUGUUGCAGAUGAAGAAAAGCGUGCUUCCACUUUUCAAAUGGAUUUAAAGAGAAAAUUCAAAAAGACCAGCGAUCAUUUAUGUGGUAAGGCAACUUCUCAUUAUGGUUGGGUUAUCUGCCAGAUACUCCUCAGCAGCUGCCAUCUAGCACUUCACUGGUUUAAUUAUUUUCAAAUGGCGCCUCUAUCGGCCUAUCGAGGUUUAAUGGUUGGAGGACCUUCUGAUGCUCAAGUUUGGCUUUUGUUCUCAUUCAGUAUUUCAGCGAUUAUUGUUUACAUUUUUCAAACUGUUAAUUCGUUGUAUGUAUUUAAAAGCGUUAGAAAAAAGACACUUAUACCUAUAUCAUAUGAAUUCUUGUUGACUCUUCCCUUCUCUGAAUUACCUUUGGCCGGGGUUAAUUAUUCCAUUGCGUAUUGUUCUAGUCACGUUAUGACUAGUAUUCAAACUACGUCCGCAUCUAUUACGGUUGUAUUCUAUUUUACUAGGAUACUAUGGCACGCCCAUAUGGCCGGAGGGGAAAAGCACGAGAUAAAAUUCAAAGCCCACCUUAUCUUUAUGUGUAGCUGCCUAACUUUCUCAGCAGUGAUUGCCUUCCCAAUUAUGCAUUGGAAAACAGCCGUUCAAGUCAAAAUGAACGAAGAAUUUUUAAAACCAUCGAUUUUCUUAUUAUCUCAGAAUUUUGCCGAUGGAAAAAUCAAAAGAAAAUUUCUACUUAAUAGAUUUUUAUUAUUAGAGGGAAGAGAUAUAACUCGACCCUAUAUAAUACGUGAAAUAUCGGAUAUAGUUAUGAAAGGAGGCGUCCAUAAAGGAUCGUAUAAAUGUAAUAAACAAGCUAAAUAUCAACCAAUUGAAUGUACUAACGCUACAGAGAUACUUUUUGCAUUUAAGUAUACAAAAGAUUCAGGAGGUUGGUUCGGCGAAAUUCAAUUUAAUGCAGCAACUAUUCAAAUAGAAACAAAUGGUAAGACGUGUGAAGAAAUAGGUGAAAAAUUUCAAAAGGGUUGGAGAUUACACUAUCUAGGUACAACAAUAAGGAAAAAAUCCAACUUUACGGGAGUUUACGUUUAUACGCCAUGGUCAGAUUUUACCUGCACAACUCCUAUGCCAUUCUUUAACAGCAGAUUAAAAGUAUGUUCAAAUAAAACAGAAUACAUUAAAUCAGUGAAGGAAGAGUGAAGAGAGAACUUUUUAUUUAUUUUCUAUACAGUUUGUUUUGUCCCUUU